AUGGAGUCUCCUAUCUACUAUACACGAGCUGAAUAUAUUGAGACAGACACCGGCAACAAAGUUUCGCGACGCGCCACCAUCGCUGGUCCCCAGAACAUCAUCCUUGGUGGGAAGACCAUCAUCUCAAGCGGUGCAAUUAUUCGCGGUGAUCUACGAAGGACGGGUCCCGGUCAUGCAGUGGUUAUUUCGCUGGGUCGAUAUUGUCUCAUCGGCGAAGGACCUCCUUAUAAGACGUACCGCGGCAAUUUCAACUACUAUCCCAUGAAGAUAGGUGACCACGUACAUAUUGGUGCGAACACUAUCGUUGAAGCGGCGACCAUCGGGAACCACGUUGAGAUUGGGAAGAAUUGUGUUAUAGGAAAAUUUACUAUUAUCAAAGACUGCGCAAAGAUUGCAGAUGGCACAAUCAUCCCACCGAACACAGUCGUUCCUGCAUUGUCGCUAUUCGCGGGUUCGCCUGGUCGGUUUGUUGAGGAUCUUCCCGAAUCUACACAGGAAAUGGUCGAGGCUCUGACGAAGCAAUAUUACACGCGAUUCCAGCCCAUGUCUAGCGAGCGAUAA